CCCCGUUGCCAUAGCAACGGUAGCACCGGCCAUGUUGGGGCCCUGCCACCAGUUAGCUGAUGCGACUGGCUGACAGCUUAUCUGCCGCGCCGACACAACGGACAGAUGGAUCGGCGGCGGAGGCUGGCCUUGGGAUCAAUCUACGAGCGGCGUGACGCAGCAGACAGCCUCUGGCCGCAGCAACGCCCCAGCUGCGGCUAGCAGUCCACGCCAUCUGCUCUCGGGGAAGAGUUCGGUCGGAAAGUCCCGCACGAGGCAAAGGCACGGGACGAUGGCCAUGCUGUUCGGCUCCUUGGCGGCCGAUGCCGUGGGUGUCCUCGCGCUGAUUGUUGCCGUGCUGUACGUCUACUUCAGCCACGUCCACAAGCACUGGCAGCGCCGGGGGGUUCACUUCGUGGACCCGACCCCGCUCGUCGGGAACCUGGGCGGCGUGCUUCUGCAGAGGGAGAGCCUGGUGGACCUGGUCAGCAGGAUCUACAGCCAGGGCGCCGGCCACCCGGCCGUCGGCUUCUUCGUGUUCCACCGGCCCGUGCUGAUGGCGCGCGACCUGGGCGUGGUGCGCGGCGUGCUGGCCAAGAACUCCCACCUCUUCCUCGACCGGUUCUUCAUUCUGCCGGAGAGGUUCGACCCCUUGUUCGCCAAGAGCCUCGUCGCGGCCAAGGGCAAGAAGUGGAAGCACCUGAGGAUAAAGAUGACCCCGACCUUCACCUCGGGCAAGAUCAAGAUGAUGCUGCAGCUCGUAGACGCCUGCAGCAAAGGUCUGCUUGCGCACAUAGACCAGGAGGUAUCGGCAGGAAAGUCUAUCGCGGUUAAAAACGCGAUGUCGAGAUACACCAUGGACGCCAUCGCGUCUUGCUCCUUAGGCUUGAACACCAAAGCCCUGGAAGAUUCCAACAGUGUAUUCAUCACGAAGAUGAAGCUUGUAUUCGAACCCAGUGGCCUUAAGAUGCUUUUCUUAACGCUUCUAGUCUUCUUCCCGUGGCUGCAGAAGUUAGUGGGCGCUAAGACUUUGGACAGCGGCCUCAACGACCUCGUCCGGAGGACGUUCUGGGACGUGGUGGACCACCGGAGGGCCAGUGGGAUUGUCCGAAAGGACUUCGUGGACCUCCUGAUGCAGCUCCGACAGGACGGGGAAGUGCGCGCAGAAGACGAGAAGGACCAGGAGGAGAUCAAGCAGGACAGCAGAUACAUGAACGUGGAAGUCACAAAAACCGCCGGCUCUGAUAUCACCCUGGAUGACGAUGACAUCGUCGCCCAAGCCUUCAUCUUCAUAGCGGCCGGCUACGAAACAUCUUCCAGCACCAUGACCUUCGCCUUGUACGAGCUGGCCUUGAACCUGUCCGUCCAGGACAGGCUGCGGCUGGAGAUAGAAGACGUCCUUGAGAAGCAUGGCUCCAAGGUCACGUACGACGCCUUGUCCGAGAUGAGCUACCUGGACAUGGUGGUCGCAGAGACGUUGCGGAAGUACCCACCGAUAUUUUUCUUGGAGAGGAAGUGCACCGCGGACUGCACCCUAGAAGGCACUGAUGUCACGAUAGAGAAGGGGGCAGCGGUCGUCAUACCCACGUAUGCCAUCCACUACGACCCUCGUUUCUACCCUGACCCCGAGACAUUCGAACCCGAGAGAUUCACCGCCGAAAACAAAGGGAAACGACCGCCUUUUUCUUAUCUGCCCUUCGGAGAAGGAUCAAGGAAAUGCAUAGGAAUGCGGUUCGCCUUUCUGCAGAUGAAGAUUGGCCUCGUCCACCUGCUGAAGACAUACCAGGUCACACCCUGCGAGCGCACUCCGAGUUACCCUCUGGAAAUGAAGCUAAACAACGACGUGUUGACUCCAAGAGAGGACAUAGUUCUAUCUUUCACAAAGGCGAUAUAAGUUUCCAUUGAACAAAACGCCAAGUAAUGUUAUAUCUGUAUUACAAGUUUUCUUACCCUUUAGGUUUAGAGAUACUCAUCUUGUGCGAUGUCAUGAUGAUUGUUGGUUGUAAAUGGUCUUUUGGACGCAAUGUGUUUAUAUGAAGCUAAACAACGAUUUGUUAACUCCAACACUCCAAGAAAGGACAUAUUCCUAUCUUUCACAAAUACGAUAUAAGUUUCAACUGCAAAUGUAUCGCAAGUUUUGUUAUCCUUCACGCAAAGGGAUUCUCAGCUUGUGUGAUGUCAUGAUGCUUGAUUGUUAUAAACGGCCUUAUUUGACGCAA